AAGUUCUCUUUGUGUGUUAGCCACCCUCCAAUUCACAAAUUUGCUUUGAUCUGUAGAAGUUGUGUUUGUUGGAAUCUGGUUUCUUUUUCACAUUGUAUGCGUUAAGGGUUUCUCUUACUGUGUAACUCAAAGGCAUAUUAUGGUGGUGCUUUGAUGACACACCCAUUUAUGGAAGAAACAUCACAAUUGGGUCUCUGCAACUGCCCUUUUUCUGUCUUUAGGAAGCUAUUUGAGUAUUGAAUUUGAAGCUCUAACAACUCUCUCUUUAGCUUUUAAAAGAGGUUUUGUGGGUACCAAGGAUUCAGUCUUAUAAUUGCUUCAACCCCCAUAUUAGCUUCAUAUCUAAGAAAUCCAACCAUGCCUUGAGUAUUAUUUUUGUUUCUUGAAGAAACAAAACUGAAUCCACUUCUUUGUUUUGGGUGUUAAACUGGUGCCAUUGUAUUCUUCUCUAUCUUCUUUAUGCUCUGAAAGGUUCACUUUUCUUCUUUAAUGGGCUUUAUUCUUUAUAUUAAAUCAAUCACUCUUGUGUUGUCUUAAAUUGAUCUUAGGUUAGGUCUUCAGAAAGUGGGAGUUCACUAGCUGGAGGUGUUAUAGAUGUAGAUUAGGUAAUAUGCCUUGGCACAUUGGAUUCCACCUUGCCUAAGGAAGUGCUGCAACUGAUAAUUUCUUUUACUUUAAGCUCCUCUUGGCUCUAUAAAGCUGCCAAAGUUUCUUGUUCCUUGUUGAGUCCCGCAAGAAAUUCUUUACCAGGCUCUAUUGGUCUGUGGGGUUCCAUUUUCUAAGGUGGAAAAUGGAUACUGAUGGUAGUGGUGAUUCUGGUUUUGAACAUAAAGAUGGGAGCCUUCUGGAUUGCCCAUCGUUGGGGAUUUUCACAUCUCUGUCAUCUUUAAAUGGAGUAACUUCAAUCUUCACUGGUGAUUACGACCCACCUGUUCCACUAGCACACAAUGCAGACAUUAUAGGUCUUCCUCCCUUGAAAACUCACGAUCAGAUUGAUGAUUUAUAUGCUGGUAAUGCACUAGAAAAUCAAGGAAUGAGUAGCACUAUCCACCUCACUCAGUAUUCCUCAGAUCCCAGAUUUGUUGAGCUAGUGCCUAACUUUCCCCACUUUAGCACUGCGGGCUUCUCAGAGAUGGUUACUCCCCGUUGCCUGCCUAAGUGCCACAACAUUGGUUGUCCUCCCGAUCAUCCUCUAGAGAAGAAUGGCACCAGAAAAACUUCAAAUUUACAAAACAAAACUAAUAAUUGUGCCCAGAUGGAGGGGUGCCAGAUAGCAGAUGAUGGAACCAUGGAACUGUCACCUAUUGAAAAGAAAAGGAAAAGAUUGGCCGAUGAUCGGUCUCAAUUUGCGCAUUUAAAGAAUAUGGAAGCAGCACAACCGAAGGAUGAAUGCCUAGGAAGGCAAGAUGAGAGGAAACAGAAAGCUGAACAAAAAAUAGUUGCAAAUAAUUGUGGUAAACUUAUAGGUGAAGAAGUUAAAAUGAGUUCCCAGACAGGGGAAGCUCCAAAAGAAGAUUACAUUCAUGUGAGAGCAAAGCGUGGCCAGGCGACCAAUAGUCAUAGCCUUGCAGAAAGAGUGAGAAGAGAAAGGAUUAGCGAGAGGAUGAAAUUUCUUCAAGAUCUUGUUCCGGGAUGCAAUAAGAUUACUGGAAAAGCGGUAAUGCUUGAUGAGAUUAUCAACUAUGUGCAAUCACUGCAACGACAGGUUGAGUUUUUGUCUAUGAAACUUGCUACUGUCUACCCUGAAAUGAAUGUUCAGAUAGAAAGGAUUCUAUCAAGUGAUAUUCAUCAUUCAAAAGGUGGGACUGCCCCUAUUCUAGGGUUUGGUCCUGGAAUGAACUCUGCUUAUCCAAUCCCACAAGUAACUUUGCAAGCAAUCUCACCAGCCAUUGAGAGCUCAACCCUUCAAUCGUCUCCCAUGUCUCCAAUGCCAAAUGUAUGGGAUAAUGAGCUCCAAGGUAUUAAACAGAUGGGCUUUACUUCAACUGCAGACCUAGAGAAUUUGGAAACAAGUGGUUGCACGAAAGUACAGCUAUAGAUUUCCUGAUGCCCUAGGGCUUAGCCCUUCUAACAAAGGAAGUUCUCUAUGAUCCUUCAGUUAUCAAUAGCUAAGAUUGAACUUCCUAACCAAAAAAAAAAUUAUGUAUAUCAAUGAUUUUAAGAAAAUAGAAAGAUUGAAGGAUAAUGGCACUACAUAAUUGUAUAGGUAUGUAGCUCCUAACCCUAGUUCUUCGGAUUUUAGCAGAAGAAGGUGACUUGUAGAAUGCAGAUAUGUAAAGUCAAAGCAUGCUAGCAUGGUGAGACCUGAUUUGAAAGAAUGAUUGUUUCCAUGAAGAUUUUUAUCCUAUGAGGUUUCUUUUGAAGCUUGAGAGAAGUCUAGAAAUGGUCGGGAUGAUAGAUGGUUUGAAUUUCAUUCUUCAUCUGUACUAUCAAUCUACCAUUCGCAAUUUCACUGCUUUUGGGUGUGGGUUGAUGAAUCUGACAAGGGAAGGUUUUGGUUAUAUUUGUUAUAUAUAUAUAUAUAAAUACACAUGAUUCAUGAUGAUUGAAUGAAAAUUUAGAUUCAAGGAAAAGUUUCUCAUGGCCUUGUUCAUUAAA